AUGGUGGUGUAGAUGAUGUAAAUAAUGGUAAUGUAAAUGAUGGCGAUGUAGAUGAUGGUGACGUAGAUGAUGGUGGCGUAGAUGAUGACAAUGUAGAUGAUGGUGACGUAGAUGAUGGUGGCGUAGAUGAUGGCAAUGUAGAUGAUGUCGUGGUAGAUGAUGGUGGUGUAGAUGAUGGUGACGUACAUGAUGGAGAUAUAGAUGUUGCUGUAGUAGAUGAUGUUAAUGUAGAUAAUGGCGAUGUAAUUGAUGGUCAGGUAGAUGACGGUGAUGUAGAUUAUGGUGAUGUGGAUGGUGGCGAUGUAAAUGAUGGUCAUGGCCAUGUAGAUGUAGAUGAUGUAGAUGUUGGUGACGUAGAUGAUGUAGAUGAUGGCGAUAUAGAUGUAGAUGAUGAUGGUGUGCUGUAA